UUCUUGCAUAAACCAAUUUUGUUUAUCCAGACUUGACCGUAUGGAAUGGGGCUGGGUCUAGGCUUUGGGCUAGUGAGGGCAAGAAUGUGUGUUUACUAGAGGCAGCUUCCCUGGCAACAGCUCUGAGGAGGGAAGCCUAAAGAAAGUGCGGGAGUGUGCUCACAAUGUGAAUGGCAGGUUUGAAGAUGCCGGGGGUGGACCUGUCACUGUAAUACUUUCACAAACUGAAGCUGCUGCAGUGGCCACACCAGUCACCUAAAUCAUGGCUAACAAAAACCACGCCGGACACAGAAGGAUAACAGAACUGCAGAUCAAGAUUGAUGAGCUGCAAAAAACAAACCGAGGCCUAGAAAAGCAUAUUGAACAGCUACAUGAAAGCAAGGAGGUUGCCAGUAAUCAGGUGGAUAUCCUAACACGUAAGAAUGAGCAGUUGUGUGAAGAGCUGACCGAAAUAGACAAACUAGCAGAACAGCUUGAGAAAGACAAAGAGCAGCUUUUGGAUGUUGCAGAAAAAGAACUGGAGGAUGCAAAGAAUGAGAUUCGCCAGCACCAGAGAACCAUAGAAAAUUUGGAGCACACCAUCAGCAAUCUUACAUCUGAUGCAAGCCUUACUAAAGAACAACUUGAGCAUGCAGAAGUUGCACUCAAAGAAAAACAGGAUGAGAACAGGACCCUAAAUGUUCUCGUAGACCAGCUUCAAGAUGAUCAAAACAGACUACGCAAAAAGAUUGAAAAGCACGAGAGAUCAGAAAAGAACACAGUCUUAGCAUGUGAGAAGAGUAAUGCUAUGGCUCCUUCUAGACUUGACUCCUUCAUCAAAUCAUUGGAAGAGGAACGAGAUCACUAUAAAAGGGAAGCAGAAAAUCUGAGGAAAACCCUGCGACGUCAGAGUCUUAGUCCCAAGCGAGCUAAUACCAAUACCCAGUUGUUACAGUUAGAGUCAGAACUCAAGAAGACCCUUCGGGAACGAGAUGAGUUGCAAACAAUGCUAGAGAAAUAUGAGCGUCACAUGGCAGAAAUUCAAGCGAAUGUAAAAGUACUGACAUCAGACCGGGACAAAGCCAACAUGCUUUACGAUCGGGCACAGCAGGAGAUAACACAGCUUCGAAGAGAAUUCCUACGAUCUCCUAAGACUCCCAAAUCCAGUGUAACAGCACAAGCCAUACUGCAGCGUGUGGAAAAUGAACGUGACAUUGCAACAUCAGAUUUACGAAGAAUGACCACAGAACGAGAUAGUUUAAGGGAGCGGUUAAAGAUAUCACAAGAGAAUGCUAUCAGUGACAGGGCUCACUUGGAACAAAGAAUAGAGGAGUACCAAUCAACCAUCCGAAUAAUGGAGAAUGAACAUGCAGAACUGAAAUCAAAGCUGUCUCUAAUGAAGGAAACCUUGGCAUCUGUGGAGAAUGAACUGAAAAUCCUGACAAGCAGAACAAUAGAUACAGAAGGUGAAUUAAGUAGGCAGAAGGCAGAAUGUGAGUCACUCAGACUGCUGAAUGGGGAGACUGAACAUUCGUUGGAAGAGACUCAAAGACGCCUGUCAGCAAAAAAUAGCGAACUCCAAAUUGCACAAGAGAAGCUUAUUAGACUAGAAGAAAAACUUGCUGAACAGUCAAGCCACUGCUUCAACCUUCGUGAAGAGAUUUCCUUUCUUAAGGGUACAAUAACAGAACUAGAGAAGGAAAAGGAUUCUCUAAUCUUUAGUGUGGACAAGAAGACUGAGAACAUUUCUACACUGGAGGACAGCAUUUCAGUUAAAGAUUCUACUAUCAAAGGUCUGAGAGAUGCACUUAGUGAAAUUGAAAGCAGUGCCCGGCAAUCUGCAAAGACUUUGAGUAGUCAUGAGCAAGAGAUCAGCAGGUUGCGCCGACAGCUGGAUGACAUGAGUGAUGAACUCACAAAGACAGGAAGGGAUAGAGAAUCUGCUUUUAAGGAGAACUCUUCUCUGCAUGACCAACUUUCCAAAAGCAAACUGAAUAUACAGACACUAAAUAGCAAACUAAAGGACUCUCAAAACGAGCACGAAGAUAUUAAGCUAAAACUUCAGAGUGCAAAAGCUGAAAUUGUAAGACUCGACAGUUUAAAUAACUCCAAAGAAAAGGAGUAUCGAGAUCUUUUAGAAAACUAUCGUAGAGCAUCUGCCCAGUCAGAAAGUUGGGAGAAUAAGUUCCACCAAAUGGAAAGUGAAAGUAGCUCUGCCAAACUGGACCUCAUGGGUAAAGAAUCCGAAUGCAGAUUAUUGAAAGAAAGAGUAGAAUCGCUUGAAAAAGAGAUUGAGCAAUAUAUAACCUCUGAACAGUCCCAUAAGUCCCAGAUGUCUAACUUGGCCAAAUCUGUUACACGGGUGGAAGAAGAGCUUCGCCAGGCUAAGGCUGAGAAAGUUACAAUUCUUGAAGACUUGGCAUCUACAAGGGAGCUUUGUGUUAAGCUGGACACAAGCAAAGAAGUUAUUAACCGCCAUCUUUGUGCUAGAAACCAAGAUAUUGAGAGGUUUCAGGAUGAAUUAGAAUCAUCACGCUCAGAUAUUGAACUUCUCAGAAAGCAACUUGCCAGUGAAAGAAUUUCAGUAAAGAAUUUGGAGGCAUUGCUGGUGUCUAACCAAGAAAAGGAAUUCCAGUCCCAAGUACAUGCCCAAGAUCUGGACUCAGAGCUUCAGCUUCUUGGAGACAAACUGGCCUUGGCAGAAACCAAACUUGGAACCCAGAGUCGGGAAGCAGCACAGCUGAGAAACAAGUUAAACCAGCAGGAGGCUCAACUAGAAAUGACAAAGAGGCAACUGUCAACUGAACGAUUUGAAAGAGAACUUGCUGCAAAGGAGCUUCGAAGGCAAACAGAUUACCAGGCAACUUCUACUUUAAGGGGGUCCCUGAGUCCUUCAAGACUCUCACCAGAAUAUACCUUUCGACCCUCUGUACGGACAAUUCAGUCCCCUGAAAGAACCUUCCGGUCACCUGAGCGUAUCUCCAGGUCUCCAGAGAGAAGGAGUGUGAUGUUCCGAAACUUUUAACCCAUGGACAUUGAACAGAAAUCACUAUAGCCUAAUAAGUCAGAUUAGGCUGGAAUGCUUUAUUACUUUGUAUUAAGGUGAUACAUAGCUAUUUGCAAGGAGUUCUGUAUACUUUGUUUUAAUUUGUCACUGACCAAAAAAACUGUUUGUUUUGCACAAUCCUGUAUUUUUACAAAAAGCUAUGCAAAUUUUAAACGCAAAUAAUUUACACUGGGACACAAGUGUCAUUCAAGCAAGGCAGAAUUUCACAGAAAAUAUUCUCCUUAGAUAUUGCAACUUUAUUCUCUCGCCAUCAGAACAGUCUUUGGCCAUUAUUUUCCACCACUUUAGGCCCUGUAUAUUGGGUCAUUAGCUUAUAAAGCAAAACUAGCCAUUGUUGGCUCCAUUCCAGACAGGGCAGUAGCUGCAAGGAACCUGUGUGUUUUGCAUGUGCUAGUGUGGUUUUCCUUCAUGUACUGCAUUUUCUUCUCACUCUAAAAACAUGCAGGCAGAUUAAUUGGUUAGAUAAAACUGAUUAUAAUGUGUGAUAUGUGUGAUAGGGACCUUAGAUAUUAAGCACCACAGGGGCAGGGUUUUAUGUGACUAAUGUAUAAUGUCUAAAGUUUUGCUGAUGUCAGCACUAUAUAAAGAAAGGUUAUGAAAAAUAAUAUCACUCACAUAAAUACACACGGUUUAACUCAUACAUCACUAUUAUAUAGAAAAGUUUCUUUACAGAGGAUUAUUGCAGAGUUUAAAAACAAGUUAAAGCUAAAAAAAAUCCCAAGUUGAGCACCCUACAUUGUAGUCAAAAGUCAAAGAUACCAGUGUGCUUAGCUGUAAUAGAGAGACAGGAUUUAUAUGGGGUGAUAUCUUAUUUCACUUGGGGUGCCAAUAUGUUAAGCAGCCACCUGAGAAUUAUAUUGCUAUUUUUUUCCACCAGCUUGUCUAAAGAGAAGGAAAAAAAGUUAGCAUGAUAAUUUUUUCUGAACUUAAAGCCCCACACCUCAAUCUUACCUGUAUUUGCCAAGAAACUCUUUUAUCUAUCUAGACUUGCACAUAUGCUGUAUAUUAAAAUCAGAGAAAUGUGCUGUACAGCAAAUGCUCAAGUCUAAAUAGGCUCAAUGGAUCCCUGAGAAAAAAAGGAGCUCUGGCCAGGGAAAAAAUCAGCAGUUUAAUUCAUUGGGGGGGGUGCCUAACAUAUUCUUGCACCACCGUGAAUUAGACUUUCCUUGUCCUUUAAACCACCAUCAUCAAGUUGAGGAAAGCAUUUUUCCCUCGAGACAGUAUGUGAAAGAUGGAAACCCACCAAGUCCACCAACUGUUACGCCCCUUAUUUGUGCUUCAGAAAGGUUUUUGUAGAAAGAAAUUUGCUUAACAGCAUGUGAUGGAGGCAUUGUGGCGAAAUUGUUUUCUCUUUAUUUACAAAAGGGUGUUGUCCAGCUGAUUUGAAAAGUGCUCCUUUUUAACAAAUGGCCUGAAAUAUUUUCUUCUAGAGAUCAAAAGACCAUUAUAGUUUAUAUUUGCAAUAAAUUAUAGCUGAGAAAUAACCAUGUCAAUCCUUUCAUGUCAAGCAAGUCAGAAACAUUUGUGGUGCCACAACCUUUUUGUGUGUUCUUUGUAAAUUACAUAUAAAGAUUGUUUACUGCAAUGAAUUUCCAUGUUAAGCUUUUCAGAUAUAAUUCAGCAUAUAUUUAUUCGAUAAAUUUGGUGAAUGUGGUUUGGGAAAGUAAGGUUUUUUUUUUGUACUACUCAGAAUUUAAUAAAUUACAUUACUUUUUAUUUUUA